UCAAGAGAAUCCUCCUGCAUGGAGAACCUCCUUUCUAAAGACUGGAAAGAGAAGAUGGAGCGACUUAACACAGACGAUCUGUUAGGAGAAAUUAAAGGUACUCCAGAAAGUCUCGCAGAGAAGGAGCGACAGCUCUCCACCAUGAUCACACAGCUCAUCAGCCUUCGAGAGCAGCUCCUGGCUGCCCAUGAUGAGCAGAAGAAACUGGCCGCCUCACAGAUGGAGAAACAAUGUCAGCAAAUGGAGCUGGCACGCCAACAGCAAGAGCAGAUUGCCAGACAACAGCAGCAACUUCUGCAGCAACAGCACAAAAUCAAUCUCCUCCAGCAGCAGAUCCAGGUCCAGGGUCACAUGCCUCCGCUCAUGAUCCCCAUUUUUCCACAUGACCAGCGCACUCUGGCAGCAGCCGCGGCAGCCCAGCAGGGCUUCCUCUUCCCCCCAGGCAUGUCCUAUAAGCCAGGUGAUAACUACCCGGUGCAGUUCAUUCCAUCCACAAUGGCAGCUGCAGCCGCGUCAGGACUCAACCCUCUCCAACUCCAGCAACUCUAUGCCGCCCAGCUGGCCAGCAUGCAGGUCUCUCCAGGAGCCAAGAUGCCUCCGCUGCCCCAGCCCCCCAAUUCUGCUGGGCCCAUCUCCCCGUCUGGUUUGAAGAAUGAAAAGAGGGCCUCAACCCCACUGACUCAAGUCAAGGAGGAGGGAACGCAGCCUCUCAACCUCUCCGCCCGGCCCAAGACAGCUGAGUAUAUCAAAUCCUCCACAUCCCCGACACAGAGCUUCUUUCCAGGCAACAAGAGCAGCCCGAACAGCCUGUCCAAGAGUGGAGGCAUCCCCAGCCCCAUCGGAGGAAUAGGCCGUGGCUCGUCUUUGGACAUCCUGUCCAGCCUGAACUCAACAGCGCUGUUUGGAGAUCAGGAUGCAGUAAUGAAGGCCAUCCAGGAAGCGAGGAAGAUGAGGGAGCAGAUUCAGAGAGAGCAGCUUGAGCAUCAUCAGCAAGGAAUAGAGGCCAAGCUGUCUGCCCUCACCAGCAUGGGCCUGAACAACUGCAGAUCUGAUAAGGAGAGGUCUCAUUACAAUAACCUGGGCCAUCACCUGGGCAAACUAGGCGAGGAUGGAAAGAUUGGUCACAGAGUCAUCGACCUCACCAGGCCAGAGGAUUUCGAGGGGUGUAAGGAACUGAAUGGCUCUGCAGAUAAACCACAUCAGUAUUAUUGUUGGCCAACAGGAGGCGCCAGUACUGCUGAUGCACGGGUCUACAGGGAACCCCGGGGAAGGAACAGCAACGAACCUCACAUCAAACGGCCCAUGAACGCCUUCAUGGUCUGGGCCAAAGAUGAGCGCCGCAAAAUCCUUCAGGCCUUCCCAGACAUGCACAACUCCAACAUCAGCAAAAUAUUGGGAUCUCGCUGGAAGUCCAUGACAAACCAGGAGAAACAACCAUAUUAUGAGGAGCAGGCACGGCUCAGCAAGAUCCACCUGGAGAAGUAUCCCAACUACAAGUACAAGCCCCGGCCCAAGCGCACCUGCAUCAUCGAUGGCAAGAAGCUGCGCAUCGGCGAGUACAAGCAGAUGAUGAGGUCGAGGAGGCAGGAGAUGAGGCAGUUCUUCACUGUGGGGCAGCAGCCACAGACGCAGAUCCCCAUCACCACCAGCGCAGGUGUCGUCUACCCCGGUGCCAUAACCAUGGCGACCACUACGCCCUCCCCUCACAUGACGUCAGACUGCUCAAGUGCCUCGGCCAGCCCCGAGCCCACCAUCCCCGUCAUCCAGAGCACCUUCAACAUGAAGAUGGAACCGGGCACCAUGGUGUCUAACGCCCCCGUGAACGGAGAGGAUGAGAUGGACAUGUACGAGGACUUUGAGGACGAGCCCAAAUCGGACUACAGCAGUGAGAAUGACACACAGGAGCCGGUCAGUGCCAACUGAGGUGAAAACAGCCGGCGAAGAAUAUCCUUUUAUUAGAAGGAAGACUGAAGAAGACGAAAAAGAGGACAAAAAAAAAAAGAAAUCAAAAAUCUUGUUUCUGAUGAUAUACAUUUUGGGAGCCAGCAUGCAGAUGUGGCUCCUGCAGAUUUAACAGCUAUUGGUCUUAACUGUUUCUCCAAGUGUGAAACAAUUUGAUUGUGUUUUAUUUUGGCUUUUUUUUUUAUUAUUUUAUUGAAAUUUUUUUCUUGUGUUUUGAUCAUGGACAAUUUAGGGUAUUUCCUACGACAUUUUUGAAUAAUAGGACUUGACAAUUGAAACAUUCUUGAAACAGUCUUACUUAAAUUCAAAUGGAUUUACACGUAUUUUUUUUUCUUUUGAAGCGUACAUUACUGUUUUCGAUGGGGUUCUAUAUCUCACUCAGGUAUGCUGUACCAGCCAACAGCUUGUGAAUGUUUUUAAUCAGAACUAUUUAAAAUGAAAAAGACGACGCUUCAUUUGACAUUUCAUAAUACGAUAAAACUGAAGAAAUCCGUACAUUUGCUGAAUGAACCAUAGAGGGAAAGCCUAAAACUCCCCAUUAUUAUUGUUCUUGUUAUUAUUAUUACUAUUAUUACUACUACAAGUCCAGAUGUGCCAAACAUAUCAUAAGCUUCCUGCUCUUAAAUCUUAAAUUUGAAAGUCUUAAGGGAGAGACUGCUUGAGUCUUAGACAAUCCUUGCAAUCUUAUCUACAAAGCCCACUUUUUUUCCUCCUCUCCCUCUUUUUUUGUCCUCUCCAUUGACUACCAUGUCCAAAUGCUCAGGAACUAAGAAUGCCAUAGUUCUCCAGGAGGUUCAAUGCAGUGAUCGCCCGACCACCGCCCUCGUCUUCUCUCAGUCGUCUAGUUCAGUCUUACCCGCUCAGUUCUUAAUCACAGUGAUUGUAAUCAGGCCAGAAUGCCAAGGGGCCAAAUGGCAUCCAAUCUGCAGAAUUGGACAGGCAGUGAAAGGCAGCUUUGGUGUAUUACAAUCACAAAUUGCUGUUGUACAAUAUGUACGCACACAUUCUGCUAAAUCUUUAGCCCGUUUUCCAGGGCAGCAAGUUUAAAGUUUUUUAUUUACACUUAAGUCUUGUAGACAUUGUAAUCUUAACUGACAGAAAUAGUCUUAAAGCAGAGCGUAUGUCCUUUGGGCUUCUGCAGUGUGUUCAUCAUUAUGUCUUAAGAGAAAGUCCAGUUUAUCAGGAUGAUUUGGCCAGUUAUGCAGAGGGUUAAGGAGAAAAUGAACUAAACGAAUAAUGGCACUUAUUUUCCAAAUUUUCAAAGGGUACGUGGAUUUGAGAUACUUUAAUUGUAUUUAUUUAAAGAUAUGUUCAGAAACAUACAUUUGAAAAUGCAAUUUAAAUCAUUUAAUUGGAUUAAAUCUUUUUUGAGCACUUGAAAAAAAAAAAAGACAAUUCAAAUAGACAGUCCUGCGUUCUACUAAAUUAUCUGCUCGUUCCGGCAGCAGAAUAGAUCUCAGGUUGUUUCCAUGUGGAAGGACAGCCAAGAAGCAGCCAGCGGUCAGGGCCUCUUGUUUUAGGCUUUGGCCCUACUGAAAGCUCCUACAGGGUGCGAGUGCCAUUCACCUCCACUCACCUGACCUCUGCCCAGCGCACACCCUGCCUCAAGGGGCUGCCAUCUGGCUCCCGGCAUCGGCCCGUGCCCAGGAGAAAGGUAGCGAACAAUGGAGACGAGGCCCAUGUGGUUUAUUGUGCUCUCCCUCCAUCAAAGCGCUCGCGAAAGGCCGCGCGGCCAGAAGCAGCCACGAGAUGCUAGCGAGCAGAUGGAACAAGUAGAUCAAGCUGUGGGGGAUUAUUAAAAUGACUGACGAGUCGGUAUCAUCUGAAAUACGGCAUUAUUAAUGCAUGAGUCCCGCUAUUUUGCCUUUGCCCUUGAACCUGUCUGUUUCAUCAGUAACCCAGAGAUUAGAAUAGACAGGAAAUGUCACAGCGAGGCUGCUGGUCACUGCAUUACCUCCAAAGGUCUAAAAGGUACCGAUGGCUAUUUAGCGCUUACUUCUCCCAGCAGUUGAAGCAUUGACUUUUCUCCUCAGCGCCCCUCUUUGAAAAGCAUUUACUUAAUUCGUAGAAGUUUUGAGCACUUCUUAAGAAGCUUGUAUUUGUACCUUUUAUUUUGUUGGUUUUUGUUUAAGUUUGUUGUGAUUUUUACAUAAGGUACAAUACUUGGCUGGGUGUCCCUUGACAUCCGCGUUCAUUUUUUUUUUCUUCCCUUCUUACAAGCCAACGUUUAUUGUUUAAAGCUGUUAUAUCUGUUUGCUGGUGGAUUGGUUGAUUUGUGCGUGAUUUGUACGUAUUUCCUUGACCAUGCCAAGCCAGUUCUGUAGGCUGGUAGCAGACAAAAGGACUGUUGUUGGGACUGAAACUUGAUUGCGCUUGUAUAGAUUAAAAAAA